CGGGCGGCCCGCGCAUGCGCGCUGCGCCCAGCCCAUCCCGCCGGCCGCGUCCCCAGCAGGCCACCGCCAUGACGAAGGAGCGUGGGGGGGACCCGGCGGGGGGAGGGGCGCCGCCCCCCGACCCCCCCAGCCCCGCCGUGGAGCGACGCAAGAAGCCGGUGGUGCACCCCGCCGCCCCUGCCCCCCUGCCCAAGGACUACGCCUUCACCUUUUUUGACCCGAACGACGCGGCGUGCCGGGAGAUCCUGCUGGACCCUCGCACCACCGUACCCCAGCUCUUCGCCAUCCUGCGCCAGUGGGUGCCCCAAGUGCAGCACAAUGUUGAUGUCAUCGGAAAUGAGAUCCUGCGCCGCGGGUGCCACGUGAACGACCGGGACGGACUGACGGACAUGACGCUGCUGCACUACGCCUGCAAGGCCGGCGCCCAUGGCGUGGGGGACCCGGCGGCGGCCGUGCGCCUCUCGACGCGGCUGCUGGCGCUGGGGGGGGACGUGACGCUGCGCAGCCGCUGGACCCACAUGAACGCCCUCCAUUACGCCGCCUACUUCGACGUCCCAGAGCUCAUCCGCACCCUCCUGCGAGCGGCCGCCCCCCGAGUGCUGCACUCGACCUGCAGCGACUUCAGCCACGGGACGGCCCUGCACAUCGCUGCCUCCAACCUCUGCCUGGGGGCCGUGCGCUGCCUGCUGGAGCACGGGGCCGACCCCGCCCUCCGGAACAGCAAGGGUCAGGUGGCGGCCGAGGUCGUGCCGGACCCCACGGACAUGGCGCUGGACAAGGCGGAGGCGGCGCUGGCGGCGCGGGAGCUGCGGCGGCUGCUGCUGGACGCGGUUCCCCUCAGCUGCAGCCUCCCCCGCGUCACCCUGCCCAACUACGACAACCUGCCCGGCAACCUCAUGCUGCUCUGCCUCGGCCUCCAGCUGGGCGACCGCGUCCGCGUCGACGGCGGGAAGGUGGGGACCCUGCGCUUCUGUGGCACCACGGCCUUCGCCAGCGGCCAGUGGGCGGGGGUGGAGCUGGAUGAGCCCGAGGGCAAGAACGACGGCAGCGUGGGGGGGGUCCGCUACUUCAUCUGCCCCCCCAAACAGGGUGUCUUCGCUUCCGUCUCAAAGAUCUCCAAGGCGGAGGAGCAGCCCCCGGUGCCGUCGCCCCCACCCAGCCCCCCGGGACCUCCGACCCGAGCACCCCACAAGGCCCGCAAGGACAAGAGAGCCCCCCGGAAGCGGGGCGGGGCGUGGCUGGACCGGGAGGGGCGCCGCGUGGCCCCGGGGGACGCGGUGCUGGUGGCCGGACAGCGCCCGGGGCGGGCCCGCUUCUACGGGCGCACCGACUUCGCCCCCGGGUACUGGUUCGGGGUGGAGCUGGACUCAGCCGGGGGGAAACACGACGGCUCCGUUUUCGGGGUGCGGUACUUCUCCUGCCCCCCCAAACAUGGCGUCUUCGCCCCCCCCUCCCGCGUGCAGAGGGUCGGGGGUCCCAGGGAGGAGCCAGGGGACGGUGGUCCCGAAAAGAAGGUCCAGCAGGUCACCGUGUCCCAGCCCAAGCGCAACUUCCCUGCGGUGCGGACCCCCAAGGACAUCACCUCAGAGAGCUCCUUCUCCAGGUUACUCUUCUGCUGCUGGUUCCCCUGGAUGCUGCGGGCCGAGAUGCAGUCCUAACCCCUCCCCCCGCCUUGCUGACCCCUCCCCCGCCGUCCCUCCCCCACCCAGUGCCUUGGGCCCCUCCCCCCACCUGGGGAGACGUCAUGUGAACCCCCCCGCCCCCUUCCCGACAACCCACCCCUCUCAUUGUGCCGGGCUGUUCACUCUGGAACCUACUGAUUACAGUGUGGGGAAGAGUUGAGGCCAGCUCCUCCCCCCAACCCCUGUUUUGGGAUGUUCACCCUGGAACCUACUGAUCGCUGUGACAGGGCGAGUUGAUGCACCCCCCCCUUCUCCUUUCCCCCACCCCAGCCUUCUUUUUGGCUCUUCACUCUGGAACCUACUGAUUACAGUGAUGGGGGUUACUGCCAGCCCCCACCCAAGCCCCUCUGCCUCUCCCCCCACCCCCUGCCAUUUUGGGUCGUUCACUCUGGAACCUACUGACUACAAUUGGGGGAGGAAGGGGUUUAUGCCAGGGACCAUUCCCCAAACCUGUUCCUGAGCCAUUAACUCUGGAAACUACUGAUUAUGCCCCAGCGUGAAGGUGGGAAACUGGUUUAUACUGGGGGGGUGGAUUCUCCAGUGGCUGAUAGUGGGGUUGAGGACCACCCCACCUUCCUCCUGCCCCCCUCCAAAAAAGGGACCCAGGCAUCUGGGAGGUGCAGAGGGGGAGGCCUGCCCCUCCCUGCCCCCGCAGUAGCAAUAACGUCCCCUCCCUCCGUCCCCUCCCCUGUGAUUGUGUGAGUGGCUUUAAUGUCCCUUCCCCGCCCUGUGUCCCCCCCAUCCCCCCCCCCCCCCACCGCAUGGUCCCUCUGGACCCGCUUCUGCCACCAAUAAACACCUUUGUACGUCCCAUGUC